GGGCCACCCCCGAGCCCGCCCGCAGUCUCUCGCUCUGGGUCGCUGCACGCUCGCCCUGGGCUGCGCUCCUCGGACCGUGCUCCUCGGACCAUGCCCUGGGCCGUGCUGCUCGGCCUCCUGGCUGCGCUGUUGCUGCUGCUGCUGCUGAGCCGCCGGCGCACGCGGCGACCUGGCGAGCCCCCCCUGGACCUGGGCAGCAUCCCCUGGUUGGGCCAUGCCUUGGAGUUUGGAAAGGAUGCUGCUGGCUUCCUCACGAGGAUGAAGGAGAAGCAUGGUGAUAUCUUUACUGUGCUGGUGGGCGGCAGGCACGUCACCGUGCUCCUGGACCUGCACUCCUACGACGCGGUGGUGUGGGAGCCUCGCACGAAGCUGGACUUCCACGCCUACGCCGUCUUCCUCAUGGAGAGGAUUUUCGACGUGCAGCUUCCGCAUUACGACCCCGGCGACGAGAAGGCCAGGAUGAAACCGACUCUCCUCCACAAAGACCUGCAGGCGCUCACGGACGCCAUGUACACCAACCUCCGCACCGUGCUGCUGGGCGGCGCCGCAGAAGCGGGCAGUGGCUGGCGUGAGACGGGGCUCCUCGAUUUCUCCUACGGUUUCCUGUUCAGAGCCGGCUACCUGACGCUAUAUGGAAUCGAGGCGCUGCCGCGCACCCCUCAGAGUCAGGCCCAGGACCGCGCCCACUCGGCCGACGUCUUCCACUCCUUCCGCCAGCUCGAGCGGCUGCUUCCCAAGCUGGCGCGCGGCUCCCUGUCUGUGGGGGACAAGGACCGCGCGUGCAGCGUGAAAGGUCACCUGUGGAAGCUGCUGUCCCCAGCCAGGCUGGCCACCCGGGCGCACCGCAGCAGCUGGCUGGAGACUUACCUGCUGCACCUGGAGGAGAUGGGCGUGUCGGAGGAGAUGCGGGCGCGGGCGCUGCUGCUGCAGCUCUGGGCCACGCAGGGGAACAUGGGUCCGGCUGCCUUCUGGCUUCUGCUAUUCCUCCUCAAGAACCCCGAGGCCCUGGCCGCCGUCCGUGGAGAGGUCGAGCAAGUCUUCUGCGGUGCAGAGCCGCCUGUCUCCCAGAUGGCCACCCUCCCGCCGAAGGUUUUGGACAACAUGCCUAUACUUGACAGCGUGCUGAGUGAGAGCCUCAGGCUCACAGCUGCGCCCUUCAUCACCCGAGAGGUCGUGGUGGACCUGGCCCUUCCCAUGGCGGAUGGGCGGGAAUUUGCCCUGCGGCGUGGUGACCGCCUCCUCCUCUUUCCAUUCCUGAGUCCCCAGAAGGACCCAGAAGUCUACACAGACCCAGAGGUAUUCAGAUAUAACCGGUUCCUGAACCCUGAUGGAUCGGAGAAGAAAGACUUUUACAAGGACGGGAAGCGACUCAAGAACUGCAGCAUGCCCUGGGGGGCUGGGCACAACCAGUGCCUGGGCAGGGGCUACGCCACCAGCAGCAUCAAACAAUUCGUGGUCCUUGUGCUGAUGCACUUUGACCUAGAGCUGGUCAACCCAGAUGUGGAGAUCCCGGAGUUUGACCUCAGCAGGUAUGGCUUCGGGCUGAUGCAGCCAGAACACGACGUGCCCGUCCGUUACCGCGUCCGGCCGUGAGCUCCAGGAGCAGCCGGGGCUCCACACGCUCGCCCCCACCCAGCCCACACCCGACUGAUUGCCCAAUGUUCCGUGUCUGCAUCUGAGCUUUGAAUACCUGACGGCUCCAGCUGUAGCACUUUCCCUUUUUUCCUGGAAGGCUGGUCCAGGGGAAGGGAAAAAAGGAAGCCCAGAGAAGGUUUAAUGAGGCUCUUUCUGCUCCUAGCUCUCCUUCCUCCUUUCAUCUUAUGACACGCACAAAAGCUAGGGCAGAGAGGACAAACAGGAGUCCUGAUUGCCACUCCCCCAACUCCCAGAGGGGCCACCAUCCUAGUCCUUGACAAUGGUGCAGUUGAGGCCUUAACCACUCAGAGCAGCUGCUGGCUGUGAAAAGGCCAGUUGGGACCUAGCAGUGUGUCCCGUGCAAUAAGCUCAUCCCCAAGUUAUUAAACUAGCUGCAGCCAAAGGAGUCCUCAGCGGACCUGUUUCCAGUCCCCUCAUCUCUCCAUUUGCACUGAGUCUUGAGGAAAUGCAGGAGGGUUUUCCCAGAGCUGGUGCAGCCAAGAUUCAGGUCGUGGGCUUCCUCUGAGAAGCCCACCAGGCUCUGAGCAGUACAGCUCACUGUUCUGGAGUCAUGGGCUCUCUGUGGGACAAGCUUUGCCAAUGCUGAGACUGGAGAUGUGAAUAAGACAGGCCCAGGCCCCCCAGGACGGUGCAGAUGGAAGGAAGCAACCAGGCUCAUUGGACUGGGCCAACCAAAGAAAGAGGAGGCUUUGGUUUCCUACAUUCUACAUCAGAGGCUCCAGGCGUGAGCACCAUCCAGUCUGCAGACUUGUUUUGUUUGGCCUGCACUUAGAACAUAUUGUCCAUCGGUUGUUUUCCUACCAUCUUUGGGAGAGUUGAUUCAAAGUGUCCAGCUUCUCUUGAAAAUGUGGAGGAUCUGGGCACCCUGGACCGCCUCCCUGAUCCGGACUUGUGCACACUGGUUCACCAGGGUUUCUACUUGGUGGAAUUUUUUCUUUCUGCUUCUCUCUCCAUUCAUUGUACCUCCUGGCCCAUGAACACGUUCCAGUUUGAGAAGCCUGUUCUAACUCUCACAAGUGACCUUUUAGGAGAUAGCAGGAACUGUCUCCUUCUAGCUGGUCUUCGGUUCACUGGUCCAUCUUCCUGCAUGCACGACCUUCUGAACAAGCAGAUCAAUGAUGAAAACUUGCCUUUGUAUCGAUUUAGGGGGAGAAGGAGUUCAAAGAGAAAAGUUGCCUAGAAACCUUUAUGAUGAUAGUGUUAUUAAUAUUAGGCUCUGUUUACUGAGGACUCUCCAAAUGCCCGUGACAGGCACAGUGGACACAGCGUUUCUACUUCUCACAUCAUCUCUGCAAAGAGGGGGUUGGUUGUUUGUGCCUUUUGGCCGACGAGGAAACAGGCUCCGAGAGGUGCAGCGGCUGCUGGGCUCGCACAGCUUACCAGCUGGUGGAACUCAGCAGAGGUAUUGUCCCACUAGCAAAUGCAUCCCCGGGCUCAAGGGGGCGGGUGGUGGAGGGACAGUUCUGUUUGGCCUCAGAGCCAGAGGCACCCAUGGGUGGAUGCAUCUCGUGAGAUGCACACACACAUACGUACAUACAGCUGGGUCCCUUCAGCUUUAGCUGAAGGAGAAGAGAGGACCUGAGAUCUCUGAAUGUUUGAGGCAUCGGUCUCUUCCUGGAGCAGCACUGGGGCUUGGGAGCUUCCCUAGCUCUCAGCUUCCAGGCGCCCCCAGGAUUCCCAGACAGAUACUGUGAUUGGCAGGAGGCGGGAUAUCCCCAGGGAAACCCAUCUUCACGCAUGGGUGACCCCUGCUGCCGCCUGCUUCUUAACUCCGCAGGAAAUCAGGGCUGGCGGCUUUCAGUGGGAAGAUGGAGCUAGUUUCCAUGGCAACCCUCAGCUGCCUCAUCCUGGCUUGCAAGUGAAGGAAGAAGGCCGGCCAGCAGAAAUAGCAGCAGGAAGGUUUCUAUGCGAGGCUGCUACCCUGGGGUGGCGGGGGGAAGCCCUCAUGACUCUCCUCUUCCAAAUCAGGGACCCUCUGUCACUGAGAUUAGAUGUGGACACACUCACCUGUGUCCACAAAAGGGCCAAUUUCCUGUGAAGGUGGCUCACCUCCUUGAAGCCACAGUCAUUAGCAAGAGACCAUUGUCCCACCAGGCAGCUCCAGCUGGUACCAGAGAUCUUGAAGGGCAGUUUAGGAGGCAGUGAUUUGAGCCUUCCUCUAUUUUCAUCUUUCUCUUUUUCUUUAUUCAUCUUCUUCUUUUUUCUAAAGAUAAAAAAGAGGGAGAGCUGAGUGGGUUGGCUCCUUGCUACAGGUCGGUUAGGAAGGUACCCGGACGCCAUUGCUUUUCUUCAUACUUUGCUUUAGAAUCCCGCAACUGCAGGACCCGUGUUAGAAACACUCAGGUUGACCCAGUGAAGUGUUGCCUUAACAUCGCCAUAUUAUUUUUGCUACCUUCUCUGUUGCUGUUGCCAGAUAUUUGCCUUUAAACAGACUUGUUUUUUUUUAAACUUAUAGUUGUUUGUAAAGGGAACUUUUAUUUUGAUCACUACCAUGAAUGGACCAGGUGUACAGCUCCUUGUCAGAAAUGCACAGUGACUGUGAAAACUAAAAUUGCUCGGCGGGGGUCUCCAUGCGGGUGUCACCAUGGCUCAGAGCCUGAGAUCUGUCACUGUUCGAGUGUGGUGUUGAAGCCAGGCCAGCACCACCCUGAGACUUUCUCCUUGACAGUCACUGGAUGAAAAGGACAGGUAAAGGACUGAGCUGCUCUCCACGUGGGUCACCUGUGCAUUCCACCUGCUCUGAGAGCCACCCAGGGUCUUCGGCCACCAGUGGGCCCUGAGCAGGCUGAGCUGGUGAUGUCCCACCUGCCCAUUCUCCAGAUGAGCAAGUUGAAGUAUCUUGCCAGAAGUCACUGAUUUUGAUGUGUUCCUUUAAAAAUAAAGAAUGUUUUGUGA